AUGUCCUCAUCGCCGAUCGUAUAUCCUACAUCGUCGUCUUCCGUUGCUGAUGACCUUGAAAGUGAUGCCAUGCUCUUGGUCAGCUCUAUGGAUAUACCUUCUUCGUUUGAUUCCUCGGCCUAUCGAGGCGGGCAGACACCGCCCAUGACUGGGGCUACAGAUCACUACUUUCCCAGCUCCGAUUUGGGCAGUGACCAUCCUCAACAUCAUCAGCGUAUGGGGACAGGGGCACAUGCACGGCACAGGACAGAAACCUUUCCCGAAUCCUUACACGACAUUGGAAGCGCUGCUUUUAAUCCGGGUCUUUUUCACGAAUCCACAUAUUCUUCCCACGAAAAUGGCGCGUCGCAGCCCGCAUCUGACAAUCACCAAACAGCAAAUGGCGAUGUAGGGAUCAAUGACGCCGGCCAAAAUGCAGUCAAUGUGGAUCUCAAUGCGCCGGAAAAAAUGUUGAUUGUCUGGGGCACCAAUAUCAUCGUCAAAGACGUCGUUGCGGCUUUUAGAGAUUUUUUGGAAAAUUUUACGCUUGCACAUUUACCUAGCGUCGAUGGCGCUUCUGCACAGGCGGAGCCAUUGGCAAAUCGCUUUGAACCUUUCUAUCCCCGGCUGUUGUCCUAUUUGCAUGCCAUCGAAUCCAGGACAUCCGCAAUUAUGCCAGAUAUGCGUGCAGGUUUUGCUUCUUGGGUUGCUUUAGAUUCGGUUCCCGAUGGGCAAACUCCACAUGCGGUUACCGUUUGCGUGUAUGACUCUCUGAUUGACAUGACACGCCCUGGUGACCGCGUCGAGAUUACUGGGAUUUUUAGGGUCUCUCAAAUUAGAGCCAAUGUGCAUCAGAGAAGAAUCAAAAAUAUCUUUCGAACGUACGUUGACGUGGUGCACUUGAAAAAAACAGAUCCCGCUAGGGUGGAUGUUUCUUCGCCAGAUACGAUUUCUGAGGAAGAUUUUGCAACCCAAGGUCGCUGGGCAGAGUUAGAUUCCCUCCGGGUGCAGAGCGAGGUCGGUUUUGCUAGCGAAGUUCUUGCCAUUGCAGCGGACCCAAAUUUAUACUCGCGUCUUUCCAACUCCAUCGGUAAUUUCUAUCCCAUAAAGAUCAUAGCGCCCUCAAUAUGGAAGAUGGACACCGUCAAGAAAUGCUUGCUUUUGCAGCUAUUUGGCGGGGUCUCAAAAUCGCUCAAGGCCGGCGCCGCAAGAUUCAGGGGCGAUAUCAAUGUGUUGAUAGCUGGGGACCCCUCUGUCAGCAAGUCGCAGCUAUUGCAGUUUGUUCACAAACUGGCACCACGAGGCAUUUAUACUUCAGGAAAGGGCUCGUCUGCCGUCGGUCUCACCGCAUAUGUGACCAGGGAUGUGGAAACCGGGCAAUUUGUUUUGGAAAGCGGUGCCCUUGUUCUGUCUGACGGCGGCAUUUGCUGUAUUGAUGAGUUUGACAAAAUGAGCGACAGCACGAGAGCAGUUCUGCAUGAAGUGAUGGUAACAAAGAGGAGUUCAUUUGCGCUAGGAACAACAAACGAUAUCGGUUGCAAAGGCUGGCAUCAUCACUACCCUGAACGCCCCUUUGACCUGAUUUGCUUGGUUUUAGAUCGACCGGAUGAAUCUAACGAUAUACAACUGGCACGCCACAUCGCCUCAUUGCAUGUGGCCGUUGAAAAUGAUUCAAACUCUGGCAAUUCGGCUUCCUCUUCACUUGCUGCAUCCAGUUGCCCGCUGUACGUAAAUCCCGUUCUUUCCGAUGAGGCCAUCAAGCUUUUGGCUGAUGGGUACAUUUCGAUGCGAAAAGUAAAUACCCCAAGCGGAUCGUCAUCCUCAUCAGCUGGAGGUGCCCCGAAGACGGUCUCUGCAACGACUCGUCAGUUGGAAUCCUUGAUCAGGCUUUCGGAGGCGCAUGCACGUAUGAGAUUGGUAAAGAGCGCCAUUCUCUCAUAUGCUCUCGACCCGGUGACCGGGAAAAUCGAUAUGGAUCUAGUCAACACAGGACAGAGUACAUCUUUGAGGGAACGGGCAGCUGCUCUCAAAAAACAAGUACAGGCGCUGUUUAGCGGCCCAGGAAAAGCUGGAAUGGAUUUAUCCUCCCUAUACAAAGCCAUUUCAGAGCAGUCAUCAGUAUACGUACAUGAACGGCUACUUAGAGAAGUUGUACGCGAGCUUAUCGUUGAAGAAUGGCUGAUGAUUGCCUCAUCCGGAGCUCAUGCAGGCCCUGCUCCCGGAAAUUCGCUUCGUUCUACAACCAUUUUGAAGCGCCUGGAGUGA